GCCACCGACCCUCGCCGCUGCGCGCUGGGGAGCGGGGCGCGCGGCCCCACCAUGGGCAAGGACCAGGAGCUGCUGGAAGCCGCUCGCACGGGGAACGUGGCUCUGGUGGAGAAACUCCUGUCUGGGAGGAAAGGCGGGAUCCUGGGCAGUGGAUCCGGAGCUAUUCCCUUAUCCAGCUUGCUGAGCAUCUGGCGAGGACCAAAUAUAAAUUGUACAGACAGCUCAGGUUACACUGCUUUACACCAUGCAGCUUUAAAUGGACACAAGGAUAUUGUUCUCAAAUUACUUCAGUUUGAAGCAUCAACUAAUGUGGCAGAUAACAAAGGUUAUUUUCCUCUGCAUUUGGCUGCUUGGAGAGGAGAUGUAGACAUUGUGAAGAUUCUCAUCCAUCAUGGGCCAUCACACUCCAGAGUAAAUGAACAGAACAAUGAAAAUGAAACACCGUUGCAUUGUGCAGCUCAGUAUGGACAUUCAGAAGUAGUUGCUGUUCUACUGGAAGAGCUAGCAGACCCAACAAUAAGAAACAACAAAUUAGAAACUCCUUUGGAUCUGGCAGCACUUUACGGGCGUCUACGGGUAGUAAAGAUGAUCAUCAAAGCCUAUCCAAAUUUGAUGAGCUGCAACACUAGAAAACAUACACCUUUGCAUCUGGCUGCACGUAAUGGCCACAAAGCUGUUGUACAGGUGCUUCUAGAGGCUGGAAUGGAUGUCAGCUGCCAAACAGAAAAGGGAAGUGCGCUACAUGAAGCUGCUUUAUUUGGAAAGGUGGAUGUAGUACAUAUUUUGCUAGAAACAGGAAUUGAUACCUACAUAAAGGACAGUUUAGGUAGAACAGUUUUAGAUAUUCUUAAAGAACAUCCAUCUCAGCAAUCACUCCAAAUUGCUGCUCUACUUCAAGCUGCCUGUGACCCACCUGAAAAUCCACUGCAGCUGUAUAGCAAAGUAGACCAGUGCAAUGAUCCACAAAGGAAAAGCAGCCUAAACAAGAAUACAGUGCAACAGACAUGGAUGCAACAGGAAAACAGCACUGAUGCCCCAGUUAAGAAAAAAAAACCACAAGUUGUAAGCAGAACCAUAUUUUAUACUAAAAUUAAACCAGUAGAAAAUCGUACAUUGGUUGGCACAACAACAAGGCUGGGCGAGCAAUGGGUAAUCACUACAGGGGGAUUUGUGGAGCGAGCUUGCACACUUGGAAGGAUACGAUCUUUGCCUAAGGCACUGCUUGAAGUGCAUUUAUCCAAAAAUGUUUCAAAGUCAGACUCUAAUCUUAUCUCCUGUCCACCUAAUGAGAAGAAAACACAAAGUAACUGGGGUGAAGCCACACUAAGACAACAGAAUUCUAAAGGAAAUUCUGAAAGAACACCGUCCUUCACUUCAGAAUGGGAAGAAAUUGAUAAAAUAAUAAGUUCCAUAGAUGCUGGAAUUAACACUGGGCUAGAAGAAAUGAAUGAUCAUAUUGCAAGACCCAGAUGCCCUGUUCAGACAGUGGGACAAUGGUUGGAAAAUAUUGGGCUACCUCAAUAUGAGAACCACUUGAUGGCUAAUGGAUUUGACAAUGUACAAUUUAUGGGAAGCAAUGUAAUGGAGGAUCAGGAUCUGUUGGAAAUAGGAAUACUUAACUCUGGACACAGACAAAGAAUUCUGCAGGCAAUCCAGCUCCUUCCAAAAAUGAAACAAACUGGUCAUGAUGGCUACAACCCCCCCUCUGUGGCUGAGUGGCUGGACUCCAUUGAACUGGGUGACUAUACCAAAUCCUUUCUGAUUAAUGGCUAUACAGCGAUGGACCUAGUGAAAAAAAUCUGGGAGAUUGAACUAAUGAAUGAAUCAGCCCAAGGUUUUGGCCAUCCUGCUUUCCUCAGGGGUUACACACCAAGAUGCUACACUUCUAUUUAAAACAAGAUCAGAGAGUCAAAACUAAACAUCAGGGGUAGGCACAGCUGAGCUGCCUCCCACGUGACCGGCCAGCUACAUCAUCAAAGAGGAUUCCCCCUCAUCAUCCUUUCCUCAUGUGUAAGCCACCUGAAGAAACAAAAUACAGCCAUAAUGUAACUGCUGCAAAUACUUGUCCUUCCAAUAAGCAACAAAGGAAUCCAUAUAUAGACUGGACAGAAAUAGAGCAAGAUUCUUGAAAAUCUAUAUAAGUGAAUAAAGUGAAUUAAAACAUUUGUGCUCCCCAGUUCACAAUGUUUCUACCAUGUUUUCAAUAAAUAUAACUAA